UCUAUAAUUUGAUGUGCAAACGAGUAUAAAAACAAGCUGACUUGUUAAUUAAUGCAAGUUGGUAAUGUUGGUCUUUUUGUGUGGCUUCUUUGGAUCGUGCUUUACAAAAAGAUGCUACAACCAUCUUCUAUAAAUUUUGUAGUUUUCACUUAGUAUAUUCUACUAAUAAGAUGUAAAUUGUAAUGAAUCAAUUUUUUUGAAGUUUUUUUUUUACAUGCAUAUUAUAUAUCUGAAAUCGGGAUGCUAUAUGACUUAAAGUAAAAUUCUCCAAGUUGUGAAAACGUAUUCUAACCUUGUAAAAUUCUAAAAAAUGCUCAUUAAUAUAGUUCGGCCCAUUAAUUAUUUUUAAUUUAAUUCAGAAUCAAACCCUAAUCCACAUUUCAUCUCACUACAAAAUAAGCAAAGUUGGGAAUGAUCUGAAGAGACGGCGACAAUGUCUAGAGCUCGGUAUGGUUGGUCCAAACUUUGCACCGAUCUUCUGCGAUCGAUCCUCGAAAGCUUACACCCUAAAGAUUUUCAUAGGGCAAGAACUGUCUGCUCAAGCUGGUACUCUGUCUCCACAACAUGUACGCGACCUCUGUGUCCAUGGCGAAUCCUAUUACUUAAGUCUUCUACUCUGUUAUACGAUCCCGAACAAGACAAAACUAUUGAAACCGAACAUCCAGGAACCGACUUCUCGAACAGCUGUGUCGUGGCUAGUUGUAGCAACUGGCUCUUGAUCAUUGAUUCUUAUUUGGAUUUGUAUCUUUUGAAUGUGUUUACUUGCGAGAGAAUCAAUCUUCCAUCGAUGAAGUCAUUGCUUUUUGGUCAAGUUAUUACCUUCAACGUGCGUAGUAGCCUAACCUCAUCGAGUACACCGGCUUGUCUUUGGAUGAACGAGAGAACAGGGGACUAUGUCGCAGCCUGGAGUUACAAAGAACAUUACUUGUUCUUAUACAAGAAAGGAGAUGCCACGUGGCGUAAUCAUAAAGGCGCACGUUGUAGAUCCAUGGCGUAUAAGGACAACAAGCUUUACGUGUAUACAUCUGAUGGUUACAUCAAGAUUCUUGAUUUGUCUGGAGACUCGGUUAAGGAGAUCGUGGAAGGGAACCCAUGUCCUAACCAUAGGUUUCAGUUUGUUUCACGACUUGGGGAACAUGUGUGGAGGACGAAAGUAGCGGUUACGAACUCAGGAGAGGUUUUGAUUGUUCUGAGCUUAAGAGGGUUACAAGAGAAACGUUUGUUUUGCAUCUUUAAGAUGAAUGUUGAAAGCGGUAACUGGGAAAGAGUAGAUUCUCUUGGAGGUGAGGUGUUGAUAUUUGGUCAUGGAGUCACAGUAAGAUCUCCGAUCAAAGAGAUUGACGGUCAGGGAAUCAAGAGUGAUUCAAUCUGUUUCAUUGAUUAUGAUCUUUGGCCAGGUGCAGAUUAUUUCUAUCACACGAGGCAAAUUAAGAGCGGUAUAUUCGAUCUUGCGACGAGGACAAUCACAUGGCCUAAAACAUCAGAUCCUUCCGUCUUGAAGAGCUUCUGGUUUGUUCCGGGAUAUGCUUAAAGUCUUGGUCUGAAGAAUGGUUUCAACUUAGGGUCUAGUCUUUAAAAAGACUCAGCAGCUAAAGAAUGGGCUUCUCUUUUGUCUCGCUACUUUGUGGGUUUGAUUCUAGGUAAGAGUUUGUUCAAGCACUUUGAUGCUUGUAGACUUUUAUUUAAUCGUCUUUUAUAUUUGCGGGUUUAGUAAGGAAACAUGCGGCUUAGUCAUGUCGUUGCAAGAAAACUUUUCAUUUUAUUGGUUUCUAAAACCUUGAACUUUUGAAAAAGGUCAAAACAACACAUUGUUGAUGAAACUUGAAAUUAUAUGCUCAGUUGUGCAGUUUUGGUUUACAACGGUUAAAUAUAAACAUCUCAUCACAAACAAAGAUGAAAUGAAGAAGACGAUUCAACAAAACUUUUCAAAGAUGCUACUGAAGGAACAUCUGCACGACCUGGAGACCCAUGAGAUACAUCCAUACCCAUGAUUAAGGUGGGAAUUUUGUUAAUCAAUGGGACGCUGGAAGAGCACUCUACUCCCAACAGAGAAUUGAUUCCACCAAGCUAGAUUAAGAUAGUAAAAGAAGUUAAAGAGAACACUACAUCAUAUGCAAAUCCUAUAAAAACCGAAGGAAGAAUACCAACAGAGACACAUUGUUGGGUGAUGUAGAAACUGAAAUCACCGGUGCUGCGGUUGCGUAGGACGGCGUAAACACGGUGUUGGGUGAUGCCUAGCUGAGAUCGCCUCUUGUAGAGCUUAAACGAGGCGGUGAGAUUCCUGAAACUCUUGGAGACGAGGGAGUGUGUCGGGUAGUGGCUUCUGGGAACACGAGCGACGAUGUCAAAUACAGCCACGUCAUCAUAAAAUAUACAGCCACGUCAUCAUAAAAAGUGAAGUACUUGACGUUUUAUACAGCCACAUCAUCAUAAAAUAUUUUUUAUAUAUGCACAUGUUUGAUUAUUUGACAUUUUAUAUAUUUUUUUAAUUUUUUUGUAUUGUAAAUUAAUUGAUAUAAAUUUUGUUAACUUUGAAGAAUAAUGAAAACCCAAAAAUGACAAAAUUUGAUUUUGUACUAAAGAGACAAUAGCCUAGUUUAGUUGUUUUCUUUUCCCAAAUUUCCUUUUAAUAAAUCGAUUGUGAAGGACAUCCAGAAAUCAUGGAAAAAUCUUAAGGUCUCUCCCUUUCAAUCAUGACAGAAAAAAGAAUCCGUUAGUUCCUUGAGCAUGAAACAACUUUAUCAUCUCAAAACAAUCUCCAAAGUAACCUUAGCUAGCAUGGCAUGGUUCUUAUCAGAAACCCAUUCCUCCCAUACCGCCCAUACCACCCAUGCCGCCGCCACCACCGCCCAUAG